UUGCUUAAAAAAACACUCACAAAGUCACAUGUUCUUAUUUCCACCACCACCUUAAAUUUCACUACAUAAAAAAAUAAAAACAAAAACAAAAACAAACGAAAGAAACAUAAUCUCUAGAAGUAUGAUGAUUUGGUUCGAACUAGUUUAGCUUAUAACAUUAACUUCACGGUCGGUCUCGAUCCGAGAAUUGUGGAAGAUCUGUGGGUCCAUGCUUGUGUUUUCACUUUCGCAUUUAUUUUCUCUCUCUCUCUCUCUCUCUCUCUCUCUCUCUCUCUCUCUCUCUCUCUGCCCAUUUGCAACUCCCAUCCAAAACCCAUCAUAAAUGAACAAAAACUCACAUGCCCACUCUUCUCCAUCCACACAUUCUCAAUCCCAUAUACAUAUAUAUAUAUAUAGAGAGAGAGAGAGAGGCGACAUACAGUUUGGAGAGAGUAACAGUAUAUACUCAAUGGUGUGGUGUUAUGGGUAAGAGGUUAAAUUAUGAAGAAAAGAUCUUCUGUGAAGCUUGGACUCACGGAGUUGGCCUUUACUCUCUCUCUCUCUCGCUCUCUCUCUGCCCAUUUGCAAAUCAAUCUCAUGCAAAACCCAUCAUAAAUGAAUAAAAAGCUCACAUGCCCACUCUCCUCCAUCCACACAUUCUCAAUCUUAUAUAUAGAGGCAACAUAUAGCUGCAGACAGUAACAGUAUAUUUAUACUCGAAACGUUUUAUUGGUAAGAGAUCAAGUCAUGAAGAAAAGAUCUUCAGUGAAGAUUGGACUCACCGAGUUGAUGGAGAAGUGGAGAAAGAGGAAGAGAGGGCAUUUCGCAGUGUACACAAGAGAAGGAGAAAGGUUUGUGUUGCCAUUGGAGUAUCUGAACCAUCCGAUCUUCCAAGUUCUGUUGGAAAUGGCUGAGGAAGAGUUUGGCACCACUGUCUGUGGCCCUUUAAGAGUUCCUUGUGAGGAAGUUUUGUUGAAACACAUUGUCAUGUUGGUGAAGAGGAACUUGUCCGGGCAUGAUGAUGGUGAUGGUGAUGGUGAUGAUGACACGGAGAAAGCCAUCGUGGCAUCCAUGAGAACAUGCAAGGGAGCUUCGAUUUCGUCUCUGUUACCUCUCUUUCGUGGCCACUCCUUGAUUAUCUGACAAUCAAAGAGAUGAGUGUAAUCAAGAAAUGGUGUUAUAGAGAAGCUUUUGGUAGAAACGUUUUCGAUGUCUUUGUAUAUAUGUAAAAGACAGGUUUUUUGAUAUAAAAACAUUUCAGUUACCUGCUCA